AUGCAUGGGCCACUAGCAGACGCUGUGGCUAGGCCGCCAUGCACCUGUAGCCCGGGCUGUCAGCUACAGGUCACAUGUCUCGUCCUCCCGGCCUCGCAAACGGUGUUCCCGCCCCUGAGCCAGUCACAGCUCGUGGAUUUCCUCGUCGAUAAGACCACUUCAACUGCCACCAUUCAGCCCCCAGAGCGGCCGGGCAAUCCCUCCUCCUCUGUUCCUGUUACAGACCUGACCGCAUCCUCUGUCAACGACAAUCCACGCUCGACCGGCGCUUUUGAGCGAGGAGGGAGUGUACAAUUGGCCGCGUCGCCCGACACGUACGAGCUCUCCGACUACAAAGAGAUUGCGGAGCGCAACAUCAUCGAGGACCGUCAACGCCAUCGAGAAAAGAAAAAGGCACUGAAACGGCAGUGGCUGGAGACACAGGACGAGAUGAAGUUCUCCCACAGCAUCCAGUUCAAUGCUGUUCCAGACUGGAGCAGCCAUUACAUUGCCUAUAGCAAUCUAAAGAAGCUGAUAUACCAACUCGAGAAGAAUGCGCACCAAGCGAGAGCCGGCGAUGCUGAGUCGCGACCCCUUAUAUCGAAUGAGGAGCCGGAAGAUGUCUUCAGCAAAUCACUCGGCAUAGAGCUGGAGAAAAUAUGCUCCUUUUAUUCUCUCAAGGAGGGGGAGCUGCUUGAGGAAGUCAGCCAGCUUCUACAUGAUGUAGGAGAGGGUCCAUCCAUGGAAACGUCCACCACAUUGCGUCCGACGCAAUCCGAAACCCACAGCACUCAUGCUCGGCCUUCCAGCCUGCGCAGCCAUGGCUCAGACGAUGAUGACAGCGCAACCGAUGAUGAUGAAACCACCGGUCUCACCAGACACAAGGGCAAGUAUGGUAGGAGACGGACCGCGGGAAGCAUCCCGGACAUGACUGCAUCUUCAGAGUUUGGUCGAUCUAGAAGAUAUAGCACAACCAUUGAUGACUAUGGCGACCAGUCCUUCAUCUUCGGCUCGACAUUGUAUUCGUCCGGUAUCAUGUUGAAGAAGCGCAUCAUAUCUCUUUAUGUGCAGCUUUGCGAACUCAAGUCCUACGUACAGCUUAACAAGACGGGCUUCAGCAAGGUCCUCAAGAAGUUUGACAAGAUUCUUGAUAAAGAGCUGCGGUCAUCCUACAUCAGCACCUAUGUCGAUACUGCAUACCCCUUCAAGCCAGAUACCAAGAAGCUGCUCGACGAAAACAUUGCCAAGAUGGAGGUUGCCUACGCCGACGUGGUCCUGGGCGGUGACGAGGAGCUUGCCAAGAAGGACUUGCGUUCCCAUCUCCGUGAGCAUGUUGUCUGGGAACGCAACACUGUUUGGAGAGAUCUCAUCGGUAUUGAGCGAAGAGCAGAGGCAGCCCGGUUUGGACAAACAUUGCUAGGACAAGAAUCCGGUAUCGCUCCGAAGAGACUACAGGGCGACGACGAGGCUGGGCCUGCAGAAACGCAAAUCAAAACGCCCAUUGGCAGAAUCAUUCUACCAUCAUGGCUAUCCAACAGCUCUGUGCUCACCCUAUUCAUCUCCGUGGCGGCUUUCCUCCUGCUCUUGUUUAUUCCCAUUUUGGAAAACGCUGAGCAGCAGAACUGCCUGGCACUUCUCGUUUUUGUCAGUUUGAUGUGGGCUACUGAGACUAUUCCUCUCUUUGUUACGUCCCUUUUCAUCCCUUUCUUAGCUGUCGUUCUCAGGGUGGUUCGUGAGGAGGAUCCGAGCAAGCCUCCAAAGCGCCUGACUUCAAAGGAAGCUACCGCCGCCAUCUUCUCUUCCAUGUGGUCGCCCGUUAUUAUGCUCUUGAUUGGCGGCUUCACUCUCGCUGCCGCUCUAUCCAAGUGCAAAAUCGACAAGCGUCUUGCAACGCUUAUCUUGAGCAAGGCUGGAACUCAGCCCAGAACUGUACUGAUUGCAAACAUGUUUGUUGCUGCCUUUGCGUCCAUGCUCAUCAGUAACGUUGCUGCCCCCGUACUCUGUUUCUCUAUCAUUGAGCCCAUGCUACGGACUCUGCCAUCGGACUCAAACAUGUCCAAGGCCGUCAUCAUUGGCAUUGCCCUGGCUUCAAACAUUGGCGGUAUGCUGUCGCCAAUUGCGUCGCCCCAAAACGUUGUGGCCAUGGGAAUCAUGUCUCCAGAACCGACUUGGCUUCAGUGGUUCUUCAUUGUCAUCCCCGUUGGCGUGGUCUCAAUCGUCUUGAUUUGGCUACUUCUGCUGAUUACGUUCCAACCCGGCAAAGGGACAUCCAUUGCACCUAUCCGUCCUCUCAAGGAGAAAUUUACUGCUGGGCAGUGUCAUACCCUCGAGUCUGUAUUUGGAGACAUGGGUGUUGUGGCCAUUAUUCCUAUUGUACUCUUCUUUGGCAUCGGCAUCUUGACCAAGGAAGAUUUCAACAACUUUCCCUGGACCAUCAUCAUCUUGGCCGCUGGUGGAUUGUCACUCGGCAAAGCUGUUAGAUCUUCGGGUCUGCUCCACACCCUUGCUGAGCUCGUUUCGCACAGAGUCGAGGGCAUGAGUUUGUACGGUGUUCUCGUCGUCUUUUCUUCCCUGAUUCUUGUCAUUGCCACCUUCAUCAGCCACACAGUAGCUGCCCUCAUCUUCCUCCCUCUGGUGUACGACGUCGGCGUGGCUAUGGACCAGCCGCACCCUAACCUCCUUGUUAUGGGUGGCGUCCUGAUGUGCAGCGCUGCGAUGGGUCUGCCUACCAGUGGCUUCCCCAAUAUGACCGCAAUUAUGAAGGAAGACGCUACCGGCCAGCGCUACCUGAGCGUGAAGCACUUCAUCAGCAGAGGUGUGCCAAGCAGCUUGAUUACCUUGGUGGUUGUCGUGACGCUCGGAUACGGCAUCAUGGAAGUUGCUGGCUUGGACUAG